UUCAUAUGAAAAACAAAAAAUCUCAGCGAUUACAACUCGCGAAUUCGCGUGCAAAACACCGGCACAAUGUUUUCCGGUGGCUUUAAACGUUUUGUGACCGCUCGGUUUCGUCAGUUUUCCGCUUUAACGAAUCCGUCGAGUCAGUGCACCACCCUUAACAACAAUUCGUCCUGUGGCUGUUUUGCAGUGCGUUUGAGUACGUCCAGUCGGCUUCAAGUCAAAAAAUUUUCCGAUACAGAAAACGAUUACGCACGAGAAAUUCUUCAACACACGACAGCUGGAACUUCCCUCAAUACCAGAGUUGCUUUAGCGGCUACUUCCGAUAUAGUAGAAUUCGAACAACAAAUCGAUUGGAGUUCUCUCACCGUGAGCGAUUUGUUACAACAAUUUCGACGAGUAGUUGAAGUUUGCCGACGAGAUGAGCUGUGCAUUUCCGAUAACCGAUUUGAUGAAUUUGUUGAUGCUCUGGUGAGUCGAUCCUCUGAGUUCAGUGACGAAGAUUUGGUAGAAUCGCUGCGACUGCUAGUGGAACUGGGACCUACACCGAAGGUUAACACUAGAAAUUUUCUCGAAUUAUGGCAAGCCCUCGAUAAAGAAUGCUUGAAACGAGUGAUCGGAUGGGAUGUGGAUAAGCUGUUGUUCAUGGCAGAUCAAUGGUAUCCUUUGCGCUUGGCUAAGAUUGGAAAGUUUGUCAACAAAGCAGUUUGGAAAAUUAGUAAUCGGCUGCGCAAGCUCACGAAAGAUCAAUUGGUUCGGACCAUGUUUUAUAUUAAUGUUGUUCGAACACCGUUGGAAAAUAUGGUAGACAUUGAGAUAAACUUAAAACAAAAUUUCUACCUCUUUGAAAUUGAUGAUGUAGCGAUUUUGUGUAUGGGCUUUUUCAAAACGGAAACCCCCAUUCGAAGCACGGAACUGAUCGAGAGAAUCUAUCAACUUACAAUGCACCACGCAGAGGAUGUAAAAGAUAUUAGUCUAGCUGCUAUUUUGAAACUUUUGCGGUACUCUUCUAGAAUACCUAACGCCCAAUCGAUGGAACAGCUUCUGAAGGUGUUCACACCGCAUGUGCCUAGAAUUUCACUAUUUUGUUGCCUGCAUUUGGCCCUGCUGGGAAGCGACAUUCAUCUUUGUUAUCAACCUUGCAUUGAGGCUAUUAUCGAACGGUUUACGAAGGAUAUCAAGUUUCUGCGGUUAAAAGAUAUGGAGCGGAUAGCUUUCAUUGUUGCACAUUAUAAUAUGAUGCUUCCGGACAAGAAAGAUUUGAAAUUGCUACAAACAAUUCUCCAGGAGUUGUCUAGUCGCAUUCCGGAGAUAACACAAUACCCCAAGAGCUAUCUAGCGUUGCUAAAUUUUCUCUCUCUUAGAGAUGUAUACAAUGUUGAUCUGAUAGCAGCUGCCUUCGAGCCACGCUUUCUGUAUCUAACCUACGGUAAAAACCUCGGAGGUGGUGGUAGGGAGAUAAUCGGAUUGGAUUCCUACUUGCGGAUUAAUCUUCGUGACGGGGAAUAUGCUGGAAAUCAUUUUCCAGAAAAAUCGUUUAAAGUGGUAGCUAAGUUGACACAGGAUUAUAUACCCGAUUCGGCGUACCGGUUAACUAAAUCGGAUAGGAUGCUGCUAGAAAUUCAAGAAACGUUCCAGAAGCGGUUUACUUUUGCGCACAUCAUUCAUUUACUGCCCCAUUAUCAGCGCCCGGAUGUGGUUGUGCUGUGGGAUGACGAGCUGCGCCAGUUUUUGGACGUAGCAACGAAAUGCCCAAAACAGUACUCUGGUAAUAUCCUGAACAGAAACCUUCUACUGGGUGAUGACAGUAGUAAAAGGAACCUUCGCUUGAUUGCAAUUGUGGCCGGAUCGUGGAAUUGUUACAUUCGAAAUGCAAAGCGAAUAACAGGAGGUUUUGCCAUGAAAAUAAAACAACUGGAACUUAUCGGGUUCGAAACUAUUGUGAUACCUUGGCAUGAGUGGCCACUGGAGUCAGUACACGCAAAAGAGGCAUAUCUGUUGACGAAACUCAAUGAACUGUUACCGAUGAAUCAGCGGUAGGGCAUGGUCAUUGAAAUGAGCCAACUGUUGUCCUGUUAUUCAUAGGAGGUAGGCGAAUCAUAUUCUAUCUAAAAGUUAUUUACAAUCUAAGCGUACAAAAAUGCGGCAUCAGUAAAAAGCGUUUUCGCCGUAUCGGCGCUAGUCCCUUGUUCUAAACAAA